AUGGAGUCUAAAAUACAAUCUGGUAUUGAAAUAAGCCCACAAAUAAAAAAUAGUUUAAUGUUAUUACAACAGACAAAUCUAAUUCCUAAUGAAUUACUAAAUGAUAUCUUAGAAUUAGCAUUAAAAAAUAUUUUAACUCCACACAAAUUAGCCAGUGUUUCAAGUAUUACCUCAUCAAAACCAGAUUUGGUUAAAGAAUUAUAUGCAGCUUUAUCGGAUUUAAUAAUUCAAAAUGCUCGAUACGAUUUAACAGAAGAAAAUUUGAAAGAAUUUUGUUCUGAAACAUUAAAGUUAAAUACGAGUUAUGGUCAGAUUAUUACCAAGUUUUGUAAUGAAUCUAAAUCGGCGGUCCAAAAGAAGCUAUCCGCUAUUACAAUAUUAUCUGAACCUAUGUUAAAAGGUCUUAAUUGGAAAUUAGAUUGUAUUGUAAAGACGUCAGAAGCUGCUUCAGUCGAUACAGAUGCAAUUUAUCGAAUACGUCUUGUAGCUUUAAAAUAUAAUCCAGAAACAAAUGAAAAUGAACCAACGUAUAUAUCGUUCAGUUGCGAUGUUUUAGAGUUAACUGAUUUAGUUUCUAAGCUAAAAGAUAUUUGCCAUCAUGUUGAAAAAUUAACAGAAAAUACUCAAUAA